ACACUGCAACACGACGUCGCGUUGGUCGAUAUCGUUAUACGCGUAGAGUAAGCAACCCCAUUAUCCAUCAAAACCUUUGUUUCGUGUGAACGUUGAACGUAAAAAUGGCGAACGAGAACGAACCAGCAAAGUUACUGUUACCUUACCUUCAACGUGCCGAUGAAUUGCAAAAGCACGAGCCUCUCGUCGCUUACUACUGUCGACUUUAUGCCAUAGAACGAGGUAUGAAGAUUCCUCAGAGUGAACGAACAAAAACCACAAGCGCUUUACUCCUCUCGCUUAUGAAACAGCUUGAAAAGGAUAAGAAGUCACUACAGUUAGGGCCCGAUGAUCAUCUCUAUCUGGAAGGAUUUGCAUCAAAUGUCUUUGCAAAGGCCGAUAAGCAAGACCGAGCUGGGAGAGCUGACCUCAAUACCGCAAAGACGUUUUAUGCUGCCAGCAUUUUCUUUGAGAUACUUAACCAGUUCGGUGAUGUUCAGCCUGAUCUUGAGCAGAAACAGAAGUACGCAGCAUGGAAAGCCGCAGACAUAAGAAAAGCUAUAAAAGAAGGAAGGAAGCCUGUACCCGGCCCCCCUGGUGGUGAUAAAGAUCUUUUAGAUAUUUCAAACAAUGGAGACGACCUGGAACCUAGUGGGAGUGAGCCACCGCCAGCCACCAGAGAUGCACCAGAAUCCCAUUCUUCAUCCCGGUUUUACGACAGAAGUGAUUCUGACCAGUUCACUAAUAGUCUUCCAUCACCGCCACGGGAUAUUCCACAUCCAUCAUCUUCAAACAUCCGACAACCACCACCACCUUCAAACGUCCAACAACCACCACCAUCUUCAAACGUACAACAACCACCACCUUCAAAUUUCCCACCACCAACUUAUUCUUCUGACGAAUAUCCAUCCAAUAAUUUUCAGCAGCACCCUUCUCAGACGUAUCACCAUCCAUCAUCUUAUCCACAAGAACCUCAACAUCACAUUCCCCAAAAUUACCCUUCUCAAGAUCUCCCUUUCACAUAUCCCAACUUCCAAACUUACCCUAGUUUUUCUGAAACUACCCUUCCCGCAGCACCAGCUCAUUACCCCUCAUCGUACUAUCAGGGUUCUGAACCACCUUACUCCCCUUCAGCUACUAGACCAGCAGAAUAUCCAUCUGCAGCUCAGUACAAGCCAAAUGCAACCAACGGGUCGGGUCCGGUUCAGGCUCCAGAACCUGCACCUGCGACGACAUCUGCACAGUCGUAUCAGUAUGACAGUAAUUACCAGCCUGCCCCUGAGAAAAUUGCGGAGGCGCACAAGGCUGCAAGGUUUGCUGUUGGAGCGUUGGCGUUUGAUGACGUUUUUGUUGCUGUAGAUUUCCUUAAAAAAUCUCUUGAACUGCUUACUAAUCCAUCUGCAAGUGUUUAAAUUGCUGGUGGGUCUGUUAAAACUUGCAUAUCGACCUUUUGUUUUGGCGGUUUGUGCUGGUUUUGCGAAGGUGGUUGGAUAUAUUCAUAUAUUAUGUAUAAACGUUCCUGUGUAUUUGAGUGAAAACAUGGUAUCUUAGAAUUUGAGAA